AUGUCAUCGCUAGAAGAUCUGCGCGAGAGUUGGAACAACCUCUACCGCACCCGAUUGCCUUCCCUCGCCAAAGCCAAAGAUGGGUCUCAGCCGAAGUGGCCGGUCCAGUUGGAUCAUUGUUUCGCUCGCAUCAUUCUUGACAAUGCCAUAGGCAAGGAUAGACCGUGGAACCAGGUGUUGAAAAGCCCAGCGUACAAGCAUAUGAGCCGCGAGCAGUUGGAGGCUGCUAUCGCGCUUGGUGAGAAACUGUCAACUGGUGACGAAGAUCUUGUGGCGCUGGAUGAGAAAAGUCUCUCAUUGAGGGGCAAGAAGAGUAAAGUGAACAGCGAAUCGCAAGCUGUACAGAAGAAGAGAAAGGCUGAGCUGCACGAUGAGGACACAAAGCAUCACAAGAAGCAUAUAGCAAAUCGCAAAGUUUCCUCUUACUUCCAAUCAGCCUCAGCAGCAAAAUUAGAGAGAACAGAAGAGACCGGCGGAGACUUCAGCAAGGCAGAUCCAGCAUCAUCAGAGACCAUCGAACUCAUCAACUCCUCCUCUGACCUCACUUCCUUCCGGAAGAGUGUUUUAGCCCUGCUCACUCAAGUUCCACGCGGUCGCUACACGACGUAUCAAGCACUGUCGGAUCAUAUCAGCGAGACGUCUCACAAGUCAUCCGCCAGAGCAGUCGGCAAUGCGAUGCGAAACAAUCCAUUCGCGCCUGUAGUGCCUUGUCAUCGAGUACUGGCGAGUAAUGGCACGAUAGGCGGAUUUGGCGGUGAGUGGGGAGAAGAUGGGCAACAUGCUUCUGAGAAGCGAACUCUACUGAGAGAGGAGGGGGUCAAAUUUGACCGCAAAGGGAAAGUAAUAGGACAGGUUUUCCGCGGAUUUCGGUAG